UAUAUUAAAACAUGCCUUAUACUAUAUCUAUGCCUUAUAACAUAUUAGUAACUAGUUCACUCCGAGAGUUUAGUAGAUACUAAACCUAUUAAAAAAAGUGAUUUAAAAAAGUUUUGCAACUACUUUUACAACUCUGGUUUUCCCUUCUGCAUGAAGAACUGCACAUAUCAUCAAACUACAUCCACGUCACUACAAAAAAAAUCUCUUCUGUGUGAUAAGCCGAUUUUUCUUCAUUACGCUCAAGUCUUGAAACUCAUACAUAUACGUAAGAUAAAUAAUAAAUGAUAAUUUUGUAACAUUUUUUUAAACAUUUAUAUUCAAAUAAAUGCAACAAAUUAUGUUAAGACAUUUACAAAAACUUUACACCUACUGACAGGAUGACUUUAAGAUAAAUUCAUGGAUAAUAUCGUAUUGAAUACGGAAAUAUUACCUAAUGCUACAAAAAAUAGCAAAUUAUCUGAAGAGCAUGAUUAAAAUAAUGAACAAGAAAUCAUGUGUCUUCAUAAGUCUAAUUGCGGCAACGAUCUUGACAAUCAGUCUCUACUUCUCGGUCAUUUAUAGCGAUUUUAACAUUCACAACAUAUUUCUCAAGAUUGUUCUUGAAGAGAACUACCUUGUAGAUAAAAUUUUCAGAGCAAAGACAUACAGAGAAAACGGCAUAAAAACUAUCCUUCUAUGGAAUUCAAUGUUCGGUAGGAAAGAUUUUUAUUUCGGAAAAGGCGACAUUUUCCGCGACUGUCCUUGCAAUAAGUGCAAAGUCUUCAGCGAUCGAGACUACUUGAAUGUGGAAGAUUACGACGCGAUUCUUUUUCACGGUAAUGAGAUGAGUGAAUAUGAAGUGCCUCAGAAGAGGAAGGUGACGCAAUUUUAUGUAUACGUUAAUCUUGAAAGUCCAGCCAAUCGAAAAGUCUCUCAAAAAUACCGCAUGAACUACUUCAAUCUUACGAUGACGUAUCGUCUUGAUAGUGACAUACCGUGGACUUAUAGUGUUGUAGAAGAUAUAAAAAGUGGCAACGUCGUCGCACCUUCAACGAAUGCUGAUUGGAGUGCUUUCUACAGUAACACAAGUGUAGGAGAUGCGAUAGACGAAGUGCCAUCUGCGAUAUCGGACACUGUCAGGAGUAAAAGCAAGCCGAUAAUUUGGUUUGUAAGCAACUGCUAUGACAAAAGUGGCCGGCUGAAAUAUGUGAAGGAGCUAUCGAAGCACAUAAGCGUCGAUAUUUAUGGCAGUUGUGGCAAUCUCAGCUGCAAGAGAGACCGGGAUUGUUUUAGCAAUGUAGCCGAGCCCAACUACUUUUUCUACCUGUCCUUCGAGAAUUCCUUCUGCAACGAUUACGUGACGGAGAAGCUGACGAAUCCACUCAGAUAUAAUAUCGUCCCGGUGGUUUACGGAGAUGCCAACUACAGUCAGUUCGCACCGCCGAAUUCCUAUGUGAAUGCCUUGGACUUCGAGAGUCCGAAGGAGCUCGCCACGUACUUGAAAUAUCUCUCUCAGGAUCUGCAGCGAUACCAGAGCUUUCUACAAUGGAAGAAAUAUUAUCGAGUCAAUGAUGGCACGAAGCGGGCCGUUUGUACUCUCUGCGAAGUGCUGCAUAAGCAGAAAAAGCCAAAAAUAUACUCAAAUCUAUCGGAAUGGUACACUAAGGAUCAAUGCCCUGUACAAACUCUUUUAGACAAUGGCGUAUAUACAUACAUAGCAACGAAACAUAACCUAAUGAAUGGUGAAUAAAAGCAAAAACUUGUAUGUACAAUCGGAACACAGAAAUAGUAAUAAUGUACUGAAAUUCAAGAUAUCCAAAAAGAAGCAUUUAGAAGAGGGAAGACUUUUUUGGAAAAGAACAAAGCUAGAACAUCAGGCCUAUUUAAAUAUGUAUACUACAUAUUUUCAUAUUUUUUAUUUGUUAUUUUAGCUUUAACGUUUUUGUAUUAUUGAUCAGAAUCCGAUGGUAAUAGAAAUAUCAAAAUACAAUUAUCAAAUCCAUCUUCUUUCCUAAUUAAUUGUGAAUAUAGUACAUCAGUAUUAUUAGGUGUAAUCCAUCUUAAUUGUGGAAACUUUGAUUUAGGUAUAUAAGUAAACUUAUAUGUAUCCAUAACAA